AUGGAUCGCAUCAGCAGCCAGCGGCAGGAGUACAUCUCCAAGGCGGAAGACUUCGCCGACGAGUUUCUUCGCCGUUCCAAGACGAUUCUGCCCACAGUGGCUCGUGCAUGCCUAGUGUCGACCUUCCUCGAGGACGGCUACCGAAUGUGGGCCCAGUGGGGUGAACAGCGAGACUACAUGAACGCGCAGUGGGGCUGUGGGUACUUCAUAGCCACCCUCUUCGUCAUCACCAACAUGCUUGGACAGUUGACCGGAUCUGGCCUGGUGCUGAGUAGAUUCUUUGUCACUGCAGCUUGUGGAACGCUUUUUGGUAUUGUCUGCUUACAGACGGUCGCCUACUCAAUUCUCUGGGACUUUAAGUUUCUCCUUCGAAACAUGUCCCUUUGCGGCGCUCUCUUGCUUAUUCUCGCUGAAUCGCGCGCCGAGGCUCGUACCAUGUUUGCUGGCAUUCCCUCUCUGGGCGAAAAUAAGGCAAAGACUUAUAUGCAAGCUUCUGGCCGCAUUCUGGUCGUCUUUAUGUUUGUCACCGUGCUUCACUUGGACUUUCACCCGCUGAUUCUUUUGCAAAAUAUUGUUGCCAUUGCACUGAUGGGCUGUGUCACCGUUGGAUACAAGGCAAAACUCAGCUCAUUGGCUCUAGUUCUUUGGUUAACUGUUAUCAACUUCUACUCAAACGCUUUCUGGAUGAUUGAUUCGCACCGACCGAUGCACGACUUUCUCAAGUAUGAUUUCUUCCAAACGCUCUCUGUCAUUGGCGGCCUGCUGAUGAUCGUGCUUCUCGGUCCUGGCGGCCUGAGCAUCGACAACCACAAAAAGGACUGGUGA